CCAUUAAAGCGCCGCUCCAUUCCAAAUGCACCAGCAUGGACAAUGGAAACGGCAAAGACGGGAAAGACACUCAACAGAUCAUUAUCCAGUCGAGUAAUUACAAUGUUACAGUUAUUCCUGUGGAGUUUCCAGUGAGGAAUCGACUGUACAGUGCUCAGGACAACGAGUACAUCACUGAUCAGUACGGAUACUGCCAGGAGCCGCUCAAGAACUAUCCAGGCUUGCAAACUCAAUGGGGCAACGAGAAAAGCUCGAUUGUAAGCGACAAGAAAGAUCAUGCAGGCUUUGACGAUUACAAUGACAAUCCCAUUCCUCCCAGGAUUGCAUCGGUCUCCACCUCCUACACCAGCGACUCUGGCUAUUGCCAAGAACUGAAGAACUACAGCGUGCUUCCAACGCAAUGGAACACUGGAGGAGAUGGGAAGAAGGAAUCCGCGGCAGUUUAUGAGGAAAUCAAUGACAAUCACACUAAAGCGUCAGCGGCCAAUGCAGCUCCACCUGCAGCAACCAGUGCGCCAAAUGCAGCGAGCAACGACCGAUUUGAAGGUCCGGUUAUUCCCAUGUGCGUUUAUCUGCACAACAAAACCGUUAUCAUGAUGGAGAUUGAAGACACGCCAUCAGCCACCUGCGAGCUCAUCUGCCAGGCGAUCGUUAACAGUGAAGAGCUGGGCUUGAACAAGCAGCUGGCUGCUCAAGUGUUCACUUUGUGGAUGAUCAGUCCGAUUUUAGAGAUUCAGCUGAAGCCCUACUCCAAACCGUAUGAAAUGAGGCAAAACUGGCGCAAUCUGAUCGAAAAGUAUGGGCACGCCUCCGAGGGCCGGAUGGAAAAGGACGAGCCGAAGCUGGUGUUUCAGAGGAACAUAUUCGUUACCAAACAGCUGGAGGAGAGAAUCAAAGACCAAAAGAUCUUAGAGCUGCUCUAUGAAGAGUGCAAAUAUAACGUUUUGAAUGGGCGAUAUCCGUCGGAGAUCGCCUAUCUGAUCAUGCUGGGUGGGAUUCAAGCUCGGGAGGAACUGGGACCUUACAAUUUGCAGGUCCAUACAACGCACUUCUUCAGGGAACAGCAAUCGAAAUUCCUGCCGGCUCAUGUGAGGAAAAGUCCCACAUGGACGUGGCUGCCCAUCAGCAGUAAAAGUUCCGCAGAAGUGCGGCUACUGGAGCAGUUCAAGCGCAUCCCUAGCACGGCCACCAACAAGAAACUGAUGAAAAAAUACCUGGAGUACUGUUGGGGGUUGCCUUUCUAUGGGGCGGCAUUCUUCGAAGGACAGAUCGAGGAGCCCGUCCGGGGGUUGAUUUCCCUGCUCACCCAUCAGGAUGUUCCCGUUUUGCUGGCAAUCAAUCCGCGCGGGUUGUACAUUAUCGAUGAUCUGAAUUGUCAAAUCGUGUUGGGGCUCCGCUACGAGGAGUUCAGCUGGGAUUGCAGCAAACCGUCCAGAGAAGACAACCCGGACUGUCUUCCCUGCCUGUUUGUGCAAUUCUUGGUGGUGGAAAAUGGCGCCAGAGUGUCCAAGAUGUUGCAGGUGUUUUCCAGACAGGCCACCUUGAUGGACACGCUCAUCACCUCGUAUGUGUCCCAAGUGGUAUCAAAGUCUAAUGACGAAGUGGACAACAAAAUGUGCGAAAGUCAGAGCAACAGCGAUAAUGACAAUCACAAUCCUCCUGGAGGUGCAGCUGCGCCCCCUUACAGUGCAAACCAUGCAGCUCUGAGCACAAAGUUGAGCAAACUUACGCUGGCAACGUUUGAUGACGAAGGACACUGUAUUGGCCAGAUGGGAUCUUGGUCGUUCAGCUAUUAA